AUGCCCAAAUCGUCGUCCAACACGACCCCUUCCCGUCCCCCGCGAUCCAGCCGUUCCGUGGCGGGCUGUCUCACCUGUCGACGCCGCAAGGUCAAGUGCACCUCGCAGGUCACGCCGUGCGAGCCCUGUCGCCGCCUCAAACUGUCGUGCGAUUCGUCGUUUCAUCAGAAUUUCAAGACGUGGUCGUCCAGACAUGCCAGAGUCGAUGGUCGGGCUGGCUACGAAGAAGCAGGGCUGAGCGGUCAGGUCGACGAGGCUGGCAAUGGCCAGAGCCGUCGCACGAGGCUAUACUCGGCCGCGAUCCCUCCUCGACACGAACCAUCGACAGUGGCGCAGGAGCUUGCCAACGAAUCUGCGCAAGGGGGUGCAUCGAACCGCGAUGCGAUGCCAGAGAAUGCGUCUCCAGAUGGUCCUUUGGGUCUGUUAGAUUUCAUCUUCUCGGACCUGGCCGACGAGAUGGCUCCGGUUGAUUUCAGCACGCCUGGAAACCUCGAUGCCUAUUUCAGCGCCGACUGGAAUGUGCCGCGACCUCUUAUCGUAGGCUCACACGAUCUAGAAAAUGGAAAUCCCUGUCAUGGUACAGUGGUUCACAGCGCUACCAUCAGCGCACCAGCAACUGCUUCCUGUGUCGCCGCGCCUUUGGAUCCGACGACUAGCCAAGCAUUAUCCCGUGUGCCCGAGUUUCUGUCUACGAAGCAAUCCAUCUACACUUGCUUCCACUACCUGGUCCAUUCCGCCCAGGCCAUCCCCAACUCGCCGCUCUGUCAUGCCAUCCUCGGCUGGGUCUACGCUUACCUCACCCAGCUGAGUGCCGGGUCGACGUCGUCUCGCGAUGAGCACUACUCCGCUGCUUCGGAGGGCCUUCGAGUGUUGGUGGCGGAACUCAUGGCACCACUCCCCCAAGCGAUAUGGAGACGGGCAAGCACGUCGGAGCAGCUGUCGUCCUACCUCUCUACCACCUUCUUCGUUUGCCAGCAUGACCUCAUGACAGAAAACUUUACUUCCUUUCUCACUCGCAUUGGCGAAGCAAAGUCGGUCUUUCAGCACCAUUGGGCUGAUGGCACGCUUCCUGGGCCGGUAGAGUCCCGCAUUGUCAUUUGGCUCGCUUUCCUCGAGCUGCGCUUCUUCUUCCUCGGCGGCGAGGCGUAUGCGCGUGCAGAAGACCCCAAGGAUUUUAUGACUCUACUGGACGAGGCCAAGGCACUCCCGAUGUUGCGUCGGGCGCGCACGCAAAAGUCGGUGCUGAGCGAAAUGUUUCCCCACAACUUGCCGCAGGAAGAAGAUGAGGAAGACUUGCGCAAGGACCGGUGCCGUGUUCAGUUCGACGAGUUCAUGUGCCAUCUUGCCAAAAUGAGGAGGUUUGCCGCCUGGAACAUGAUGCAAGGGCAACAUCCGAACCCAGAUUCUGCGCUGCUAAAGGAGCUGCGAGAGGCAAAGGUGGAAGCGUUGCAUGCGAAUCUGCGACGGCUGCAGGCGGAGUGUGAACUGGCCAUGCCGUCCAGCAAGGUCCUGCCUCCUUCCAGCUGCCACACCGUGGACAGCAUCACAUUCCACACCCUUACCGUCCGUGCUCUCCGAUCGUGCACCGUCAUCAUGUUCGAACGCGUGACCGAUACGGGCUCUCGUACAGACGCCGAGAGCCAGGAAGCUGUCGCCGAUAUUGUGCGGAUCGCGAGACUUCUCCGUCAGACCAAAUAUCUACGCUCCCCACGCUCGACGAUCUGGCCGCUUCCGCUAUACAUUGCCGGUAUUGAGACGACUGAUGGCAUCUAUCAGGACUGGAUUCUCGACUACAUCAAGGAGCUUGGUUCGUGGGGCGCACACAUGCAAGUAGCUGCCGACGCAUUGCAGCGCAUCAUUUCACAGCAGGAAAAGACUGGCUUCCGAGCAUCGCUAACAUGA